CCGGUGGGUGGUUGGCGUGGGCAGAACCCGAGCGUAGGCAGCGAGAACCGGCGCCAUGGUGGAGAAAGAGGAGGCCGGCGGCGGGAUCAGCGAGGAGGAGGCGGCGCAGUAUGACCGGCAGAUCCGUCUCUGGGGCUUGGAGGCCCAGAAACGGCUGCGGGCCUCCCGGGUGCUUCUCGUUGGCAUGAAAGGACUUGGGGCUGAAAUUGCCAAGAAUCUCAUCCUAGCGGGAGUGAAAGGACUGACCAUGCUGGAUCACGAACAGGUAUCUCCGGAAGACCCCGGAGCUCAGUUCCUGAUCCGUACUGGGUCUGUUGGCCGAAACAGGGCUGAAGCCUCUCUGGAGCGAGCCCAGAACCUCAACCCCAUGGUGGAUGUGAAGGUGGACACUGAGAAUAUAGAGAAGAAACCUGAAUCCUUUUUCACUCAGUUCGAUGCUGUGUGCCUGACCUGCUGCUCCAGGGAUGUCAUAGUUAAAGUGGACCAGAUCUGUCACAGAAACAGCAUCAAGUUCUUCACAGGAGAUGUUUUUGGCUACCAUGGAUACACAUUUGCCAACCUGGGAGAGCAUGAAUUUGUAGAGGAGAAAACCAAAAUUGCCAAAGUGAGCCAGGGAGUGGAGGAUGGACCUGAUACCAAGAGAGCAAAACUGGAUUCCUCUGAGACAACUAUGGUCAAAAAGAAGGUGGUCUUCUGCUCUGUCAAGGAAGCUCUGGAAGUGGACUGGGGCAGCGACAACGCGGCGGCGGCUCUGAAGCGCACGGCUCCGGACUACUUUCUCCUCCAAGUGCUCCUGAAGUUCCGCACGGACAAAGGCAGGGACCCGAGCUCCGACGCCUUUGGGGAAGAUUCUGAGCUGUUGCUCCAGAUCCGAAACGACGUGCUGGACUCCCUGGGCGUUAACCCCGAGCUGCUCCCCGCGGACUUUGUCAGGUACUGCUUCUCCGAGAUGGCCCCGGUGUGUGCGGUGGUCGGCGGAAUCCUGGCCCAGGAAAUCGUCAAGGCGCUGUCUCAGAGGGACCCUCCCCACAACAACUUCUUCUUCUUUGAUGGCAUGAAGGGGCACGGGAUCGUGGAGUGCCUCGGCCCCAAGUGAACCCAAGACGUGGAGCCCCGGAGACGCCGACCCCCAGCGCGGCCCCAGCCCCCUCCCACUACGAGGCGUCUCCAGGCAAGGGAGGACAAUGCUCCGGACCAGCACACAGCCGACCCCUGCAGGCGGCGGGGCUGGGCGGAUGCACUCCUCUCGAGGGCCGGCCGCUACCGAACAUCACGGGGCGUGGGGCCUGGCCGUCUGCCAGCUCCCCUGAGUCGCGAUCACCUGAAUGCACCCCGCCGACGCCUCUCUUUCGGGGUGCUGUCACGGCGUCUCCAGGCCCCGGGGGUGCCGCUGGAGGUGCCUGCCAGGAACUGACAGGCCUGGUUGCCUAGGAGCCUCUUGCCACUCUGCUGGACUUAUUCCCCACCUGAUGUCACACAGAGAGGAGCUCGGCCUCCUGUGGGAAUAAGGCCCGGGCCCGGUGGAGCACCAGCGGGGCCGCAGCUCCUCGUGCAGACAGGUGCCCCGGGAGAAGACAUGGCAGGCGGAAUGCGUCUCCUCCAGAGUCUGAGAUCCUGCAAAACAACAGGUGGCAUCUGCUGUGCCGUUCGUGAGUGCUGCUGGGGGAUUAGCGGCUCCAGCCUGGACCGUGGAAGGGGGGAGAUGGGACCGCGUCCUCCCGGGCACAGGGGCGAGGCCUUGCGAGUCGGAUUUAGUUGGGAAAUGUGUUUGGAAAGGCAGCCCCCCCGGGGCUUCUGACCUGUCGGGGCCCAGCUGGGAUGGGGGCGCGUCUUUUGAACAGAGCCCCCCAUCUCCGAUGAGGCGUAGGCUGCUCUGGAGGCUGUUACGUUUGAGGGCCGCGUUGGGCCUUCAUUUACCCCUGAAUGGCAGCUGUUUGUGUUUUUAUAUAUUUUCUAGAUUUCCAUGGUUCUUUUAAAAAGAAAUGAUAAAAAUAAAGUUAUUUGCUUUAGA